UGAGGAGCUUUGUGAAGACCUAUUUGAAAGAGUCCCCAUACCUGUGCAAAAGGCUUUGAGUGGUGCUGAAAUGAACAUGGAUGAAAUUGAUCAAGUGAUCAGAGUGGGUGGAGCCACUCGUGUACCUAAAGGUCAAGAAUGGCUUCUUAAAGCAGUGGGCAAGGAGGAGUUGGGAAAGAACAUGAAUGUAGAUGAUGGGGGCUGUAUAUCAAGCAGCUGCUCUUAGCAAGGCAUUCAAAGUUAAGCCAUUUGUAGUUCGAGAUGCAGCCAAGGAAAAUACUUGUUUUUGUGGUGCUGUAGCCAAAAAGCAGGAAAAGACAAAUGAAGACUUUUUUCAGUGCGAAAGUAGUACAAAAUGUUUUGAGAAGAAAUACCGCUGUGAUGGGGUGCCACAGUGUCCUGAUGGAUCUGAUGAAAAAAACUGCUGGAGACCAACAGAUCCCUCUGUUUGGUGUCUUUCAAAGACUUGCUGCGUUCCUCAGAAUUGGAUCUGUGAUGGUAAACCAGACUGCAUUGUUGAGCCUGAUGAACAAGUCUGUGAACGUAAGGAAUGUGGCAGUAACAAGUUCCAGUGUACUAAUGGACAGUUUAUUCCCUAUACUAUGCACUGCGAUGGAGACAGUGAUUGUGGUGACCAUUCAGAUGAACAAAACUGUACAGUCACUAAACACGUCCGCUGUCAAAGUGGGGAAUUUAAAUGUCCGUCUGGUGAAUGCUUGCUAAUGGAAUGGAAAUGUGAUGGUGCAAAAGACUGUAAAGACGGAAGUGAUGAAAAGGACUGUGAAUUGGAGAAGAUCACUUGUGAAAAUGAGCAGUGGGCUUGUGCUAGUGAAGAUCAAUGUAUUCCGACCUUCUGGCGGUUUGCUGGUCGCACGGACUGCCAUGAUGGCAGUGAUGAAGUUCACUGCAAACUGCAGAUGUGCAAAAGUAACGAGUAUCAGUGUAAAAAUCUUAAUUGUGUUCCAACUAAUGCUGUUUGCGAUGGACAAUCUGACUGUCUGGAUGACUCAGAUGACGGUGGUGCAACCCCAGUUCAAGAUGAGCGUGACUCUGAUGAUUCAGAAGAUAAUGAACCUAGGGAGCGAACAUCCAGCGAUGUAGAAAAUGGUAGCAAUAAUCGUAAUGCUAGUGACUCUGAAAAUGAAGAAGCUCAAAAUCACAUUGCCAGUGAUUUGGAUGAUGAGCCAACCAGACAAAAAGGCAGUGGUGAUGAUGAUACACCUGUGAAAGGAGGAGCCAGAGACAGAGGAAGAAGAAGAAGACAAUGA